AUGCUAGGCGCCCAGGAGAGAGCCCAAGUCGCGCAGGUUUGGGCCCUGACCGCGCGCCAAGAGGCGCGGUUCCGGGCGGAGCUGUGGCUCAGGUGUCUCUUCACAGUGCACCCCAGGACCAAGGCCUCCUUCCCGCACCUGGGCGCCUGUCUGCACGAGCUGCAGCUGGUUAGCCACGAGCCGCGCACGCUCGCGGCGGUGGGUGCGGCCGUGCAGCACACGGACAAUUUGCGCGCUGCUCUGAGCCCGCUGGCUAACUUAAGCGCACACGCUGCGCUGCGUGUGGACCCGGCCAACUUUGAGCUGCUAAUCCAGUGUUUCCAGGUGGUGCUGGCCUCCCACCCGGGAGAGUUCACAGUGGAGAUGCACGCCGAAUGGGACAAGUUCCUAAAUGGCGUGGCUGUGGUGCUGACCGAAAAAGAGGAGGGCGCUGAGGCCCCAGGGCCAAGCUUGGAGCUCUGCCUGCUGGGCACAUUUCUGCUCCUGACCCAAACUCAAAAGAAACCAACCAAGGUGCUGUCUGCUGCCCACAAGAACAACAUCAACAACAUCAAGGCCGCCUGGAAAGCGACUGGCGGCCAUGCUGGCGAGCGUGGCGCGGAGGCCCUGGAGAGGUGA